AUGCAGCCGAGGCUCCUCCUCGGCCCUUCCCCGGGCGGAGCCUCCCACAGCAGAACUGGGACCAAGCUGGAAAAAAACAAAAUCACGGAAGGAACGUGCUCCUUCCCUGCCUUAACACCCCCCUCCCCUUCCCCUCCCCGCCCGCCCCGGGGCUGUUUCUCAAUAAAGUUCCUCCCGGCUGCCCGGAACGGCCGCUCUCGGCCCGCGUUCCCGGGGGGUGGUGACGGGGGUGAACGCGGGACUCAGCGCGGCGCCAUGUCGGGGCCGCCGGCCGCCACCCUGCGCCGCUGGGAACGCGAGCAGGCCCAGCGAAAAGCCAGCGUGGUUGAGGAGGACACGGAGGAGUGGCAGAAAGAUUCGAGUUUUACAGGACUGGAGCGAGUGGGAGGUGUGGACCUAUCUUACAUCAAAGGGGACGACACCAGAGCCUGCGCUUCCCUCGUUGUUCUCAGCUACCCGGCUCUCGAGGUGCUGUACGAGGAUUGCCGGAUGGUGGCUGUGAGCGCCCCGUACGUGGCAGGAUUCUUGGCCUUCCGAGAGGUCCCUGUCCUGGUGGAAGCUGUUCAGAGACUUCAGCAGGAGAAGCCCAACCUCAAACCUCAGGUACUUCUUGUAGAUGGGAAUGGCCUGCUUCAUCCCAGAGGAUUUGGUGUGGCCUGUCACCUCGGAGUCCUGACGGAUCUCCCGUGCGUUGGAGUGGCCAAGAACCUCCUGCAUGUGGAUGGCUUGGUCAGGGAUGAGGGGCACAGAGAGCAGAUUCGUUCCUUGCAGAGGGCAGGAGAUACGUUCCCACUGACAGGCACCUCGGGGAGAGUCCUGGGCAUGGUCCUGCGUAGCUACAACAGCUCUAGGCCGCUCUAUAUCUCCGUGGGUCACAGGGUGUGCCUGCAGACAGCCGUGCGCCUAGUCAAGUCCUGCUGCAGGUACCGGAUCCCGGAGCCCAUCCGUCAGGCUGAUAUUAGAUCAAGGGAGUAUAUUCGGAAGCAGCUGUGUUCACCACUGGAGGUCAUCUCUUCUGGGCCACAGAGAAAAAAGGAGGCUGAACUGGAGGAUUAGUCUGAUGCCAGCAGAAACUGUAGGGCUCCCCCCUUCGCUGGAUCCUGUCCUCUUGCGAGCCCGUGGUUCUGUUGAGUGCAAGAGCCGAGUGCCACCCCGGGGCGCGCAGCGCAAGGCCGUGUCAGCCAGGACGAGGCCGGGCACUCUGCGCGGUUCUGGUGGGCAGAGCCGCUGCUCUUCACGGAUAACGUUUAGAGUCUAUUUCUCAGGGGUGAUUUUUAAGCUUUGUAAAAAUAUUUGUGUAAGCAAACGUACGCUUGUAAGCUUGCAACAGCUCCGUAGGGUGCUUGGGCAGUUGCAGGAGGUGAUUUUCAAAGAGAUGCUGAGGUACUUGACUUAGUUCCAGACAAACCCCAGAGCUGGCCUCUGGCUCCCGCUACACCCCUCUGGCACGGAGACUUCCCUUCGGGGCGGUUUUGGAACAGCCUCCGCCCCGUCCCUGCAGCCUGUGCUCGCACAUCCACUUCGUACAUCGCCGGGGAGCAGAAGCCCAGAGCGCAGCUCCGGCUGGUCCUGCCAGACGGGCCGGGGACGCUGUGUUUCAGGUGGGCGUCUGACUCACGAGGGAGGGGACGGAGCCAACAGCCUGCUGCGGGUUUGGGAGGAGGCUCCGAGGUCUGAGCUCGGCUACCUGGGAGGGUUUUUGCCCGUGGGGUGCCGGUGGCUGCUGAACUCGCUCUGCGGUGCUGCGGCAGCACCAUCCGGGUGGAAGGGGGUUGGGGUCCCCGGGCUGGCUGGGUGUUCCUGUCACCCUCGGCGCGGUGGCUGAGGCAGGGGGCUCGCGGUACAGACCCGCUCUGCCUGACGGGCAGAUCAUCCCGGGAGAAAGGAGAAUUUCCCAUCGGGGAGGAGGGGGAAGGAGGUUCUUCCUAAUCCAUAAAUCAGUCAGGGUGGCCGGAUCCCAGGCCUGAGUUUUCACGGAGUGGACUGGGAGCACUGGUGCCGGGUCAGGAGGGAGCUCCCCGUGCCCAGCACGCUUGGACCAACACCCAUCAGUUAAGCCACGUGCGAGGCUUCGCUUCAGCAGCAGAGCACAGAACAAACAGUUUUAUCCCCGAAUCAAUGCAGCGAGUCUCGUCCAAUUUGCAGGGCUAAAGCUUUUCAUCCAAAGGUGUGGAGCCAUCCUGGCUCUGUUCAGCAGGCUAUUCCUGACCAUUCCCAAAUAAAUUUGGAGCAGAUACACGAGUUCUUGAACACAGCCAAAACUCUGCCAUGUUGAUUUUAAAAAAACAUGGCUGUGUAAGAUUCCAGCCUGAAGAGCAAAAAGGCUGUUUCCGUGGGAUUGGAGAGGGGUGCUCGGGGUUGGGACUCCUGUGGUCUGUUUUAAAUGCUGCCAAGCGUUUCACUUUCACAUAAAUUUUGCCUUACAGGUUUUGUUGCUCCUUUCUUGCCACCGCCUCGGUCUCGGUGCUGCGUAGAGGACAUUCAGUCCCCCUCACGUGUCUGUGCAGCAUCUGCUGGAUGGCAAUCUGGGCUGGUUCCUCCUUCAGCGCUAAACCCUGAACCCCGGGGGGGGUGGGGGGGGAAAAGGGAGGAAGCCACAAAUUUGGCUCCCCCAGGGCCCAUUUGGGACCUUUGUGGGGCUGGUCCUCGGGGGCGGUGGAGUGUGUGGGGGUCUUGGUGCUUCCCCAAAAACCCUUGAUCUGUGAUAAAAGACAAAGCCAGAAGCAGCUGCAGUUUUCCAGCCUCGAGAAGGAGCUUGCUGUGUCCCGGGAAGCCUCAAAGGCGUUUUCACACGGGAGUUUGUUACGUGGGUGGACUGAGACCGGGAAAUAAAAAACGUGGCAGUGAAA